AUGCCGCCCUACCGCAAAUGGGAGCUCGGUAUCUUUGGCGGGGCGGGAAUCCAGGGAGUUGGCAUGCCGCCUCGCCCGGCGGAUCGCCAGACGGUGAUGCUCGAUUUUCUGCCGUCAUUCUCUCGAACGAUCCAGGCUGACGGGGUGUCCCUGGAUGGCCUGAGCUAUUACGCGGAGGCCUUGCGGCCAUGGAUUGGAGCCAACGACACGGAGACCGGCAAGGCCAGGAAGCACAUCUUCCGGCGAGACCCGCGCGACGUCUCGACUAUCUGGUUCUACGACCCCGAACUAAAGCAGUACUUCAAGGUGCCGUUGGCCGACCAGAGCGUCCCGCCCUUCAGUGUUUGGGAGCACCAGAUCGCUAAAGAUGCGCUGGCCAAGGCUGGUUUCGACCCGAGCGACCAGAAGGCGGUGUUCAAGGAGGUGAUGCAUGCUAGCGAUGAGGCGCGCCUGGCUUUCCUGGACCAGCCCCGUUGGAUUGGCUACGAGCGUGCGACGCUCGUCCUCGACACGCUCCAGGCGCUGAUGAACAAGCCGCGGCAACCACGCAUGCGCAACCUCUUGAUCGUCGGUGACUCAAACAAUGGCAAGACGACGCUGAUCCACAGAUUCACGGAACUGUGCGGCGAGGCCUACGUCGACGAGAACGGGGACUCGGUUAAGCCAGUGAUCCUGGCCGAAGCGCCCCCAUCCGCUGACGAGAAGGGUAUGUACAUCUCAAUACUCGAGCGUUUCUGGGCGCCGUACCGCGCUACUUCCCCCGCAGCGGAACUCCGCUAUCAGUGUGUCCACCUGCUGCGCAAGGCCAAGGUGCGCAUCCUCAUCAUCGACGAGUUCCAUUCGCUGCUGACAGGUUCCCCUAUCAAGCAGCAUGAAGUUAUGAACGCGAUCAAGCUGCUGUGCAACGAGGUGGGCAUUCCCAUCGUCGGCGUGGGGACGCGCGACGCGGUAAGGGUCUUGCACACCGACCCGCAGCAUGCCAGCCGGUUCGACGUGCUGCCCUUGCCGUUGUGGGAGCUGUCGCCUGAUUUCCAGAAGUUGCUUGCAGGCAUCGAGAGGGUGCUGCCGUUGAAGAAGCCCUCCCUCCUGAGCAGCCCGGAGAUGGCCACCACUAUUCAUGCAAUCAGCGCUGGCAACCUUGGCGACACAUACCGCCUGCUGAAUGAAUGUGCCAAGCAGUCCAUCACCAGUGGCGGUGAACAGAUCACCGACGAGGUGCCGCUACUCCGCGACGAGCUCUUCUCGACGUGGCUUGCGAGGGCAGCGCUCGCGCAAGGUUGUGACCCGAUGGUCCUGACUGGUUCCAUCUGGCCUGGUUGGCGGGCGUGGACGCGGGACUUGGAUCGCGGACUGAGCGACGAGCACUUGGACUUAUUGGCAGCGAACUCCGGGCUAGAAAAGCAUGCGCUUGAGGCCGCGACGCUCCGUCCUGUCGUGUGUGCCAUCGCUCCUCGCGCUGCCGGGUCGAAUUGCGCCUGGCCGUGGGUGAUGGCUCUCGGCUCCCGCAACCGGCGCAGGUUUGGCGGCCUGCAAUACUGUCCCGAGUGCCUUGGGGAAGACGAGUUACCGUACUUCAGGCGGGCGUGGCGUCUGGCGUGGCACGUAGGCUGCGAGAAGCAUGGCUGCCUCUUAGGCGACCAUUGCAGCCAUUGCAAGGCACCGGUGGAACCCCAUCUUUGCCGGGCCGUGGACCAGGUGCUGAGCCGCUGCCCAGGAUGCGGCCAUGACCUGCGCGAGGGACGGACUGUGGCAGCCUGCGCCGACGCGCUUGCCUUUCAGCGCGCUGCCGAUUUGGUGCUGCAGGCCCGCGACGGCAUUUGGGCCGGCACGCGUGUCGAAGCGGAGCGCUGGUUCGCUAUGGCGAGCCGUCAUGCUGGAGGCCGCAUACGUCUCUUGCCAGGGGAUGCGGCGCCAAGCGCACUAACUUCGUUGCCAACUGUCUUGCAGCGUCCGAGCGAACGGGUGUUGCGCCUGCAAAUGGCGUACCGGGCGAUGCAGGGAGGUCUGCAGGCUAGCGUUCUUGCCAUGCGGUGUGUCGCGUCGUCGCGGAGCCGUUCCAGGGGCGCGCCGGGCAGGCCGCCCACGCCGAGGCCGCGAGCGACAGUCAACGGUGAAUGGAUCCGCCUCCUUCGCCGUCUAAGGCUUGGUCAGCCAUGA